AUGACUGGUCGAUUAUCAUUGCCAAGUACUACAUUGGGAGCUUGCCCCAUGACUCAUGGGGCAAUGAGGAUGGUGUUGUCUCUAGCAAUUCGCGACAUUGUCAUUUCAAUACAGAUGAGCAACCAUGAGAAUGUUUUGAAACUCUUAGGCUGCUGCUUAGAGUUCCCUGUACCCGCUCUGGUGCUUGAAAAAGCAGCAAAAGGAGUUCUCAAGGUCAAGGGUGAUGGAAGUUUAAGAGGGGAUGGAUCCUUAUUAUUACCAUGGAAAAUUAGACUGUGUAUUGCAAAGCAGCUUGCUAGUGCAGUUACAUAUCUCCAUACCGCCCUUCCCAGUCCCAUAGUUCAUGGGGAUCUAAAACCUGGUUGUAUUUUCUUGGACCACGACUAUGUUCCCAAACUCUCCAACUUCUCACUCUCCAUGAGGUCUGGCCACAUCUCAGAAAAAACUGAUGUGUAUAGUUUUGGUGUGCUUUUACUUGUAUUCUUGAUGGGACGAAGAGCUUGGUGGCUAAUUAUACGGCAGGAAGGAGGGUAUAGUUCAGUUAUUGAUUAUAUGAAGUCACAUGCUUACCAGCAUCAGGCAAUUGUGGACCCUAAAAUCUUAGAAGAGGUUGGGGGAAAUAAGCAAGUAGAACAGCAGUUGCAUGAUUUCCUAGAACUGGCAUUGUCAUGCACUCAAGAUGAAAUUGAAGGAAGGCCUUAUAUGAGCAAUGUGGCGAGGGAACUCGUUCGAAUCGACGAGUCUAUUUUGCCCAGCUAG